AUGGACAACAUCGACCGAGUCGAAAGCGCCCAAUGGUGUGGCCAAUGUGGUCAUCUCAGGAGGCCUGCCAGCAUGGCCAUGGAGUUCAGGCAGCUACGUAAACAACGCAUGCCAGCGCUUCCCGAGCCGGAGGGCAUCCAGAUUCUCAACGGGGCGAACCUGAUCCCCUGUCUGAUGGCCCUGUGGAAAAAAGCGGAGCUGGACCUCUCCCAUCUAGAGCGUAUGCUACGGCCGGACAACAACCGCGGCGUUGGGGCGCCAACCCUGCGGUCCAUGAUCCAACGACGCUUCUGCGCGGUACUGGCUGAAGGUUUCCAGAAUUACCAGGUCUCCGCCGACGGGAGGCUGCUCCAAUUCUGCUGCUACGCCGGGCACCAGCAGGCCCCCAUAGGCCCUGGGUCGGGCCCCGCCGCUGCACCGCAGGUCGCCUUCCCCAACGUGGUGCACCACGCCCUCGCCCACGACUCGCUCGACGAGAUCAAGCUGGCCGUCGCGUUGGGCCUGGAAGCCCACCGGCCCGUCUACUGGGGAUAUACCCUGCUGGGCGCCGCGAUCCUGGCCCGAGCCCACAAGGUGAUUCGGUACCUCUUUGAGCGGGACGAUCGGUUUCCCGGGACGGCCAAGCCCCCCGCCGACCAGCGAGUCAACUGGAUUGGGAGCGACUACUACGGGCCGCUCGAGCUGGCGCUCGUCUUGAAGGACAAGCAGCUCAUCUGGCUGCUGCUGGAGCUCGUCGGAGGGGGCAACACGGACACCCUGGAGUGGCAGCACGUGGAAAACCUGUGCGUGGAGCACACGACCAGCGGCGUGAUGCUCAAGUACCUGGUCACCCAGAUCGGAGUCGACCUGCUGGCGAGCAACGCCAACAUCAUCCACCAACCGGUGCAGCUCAAGCUGUCAGCGGAGCUGGCGGCGACCUGGGGCGACAACGCAGGCGAGUACCUGCUGCGGCGGGCGAUCCGCCAAGACUGGGCGGUCUCGCGGGUGGUGAUCGACCUGGUGCUGGGGCAGGCGCAAGCGUCCUGGACCCACACCCCGGCGACAGACGCGAACUAUGCCAACCGGUGCUAUCAGCUCCUCAACGACCCCAUCGCCGGCCUCGACGACGACCGUCCGCGGAACGCGAUCCCGCUGAUCGCAUGGGCCACCACGUUCGACCACCGCUACGCCUUCGACGCGCUGCUCAAGCAGCCCGGGUUCGACCUGAACCGCGCGUUCGUCGCGCAGCCUGACGGCGACCACAUGUACACGCCCCUGACCUUCGCCGUGCGCAUGGGAGCCAGCUGGGCCGUCGACAAGCUGCUGAACCGAUCCGACUUGAACUUGCACCGCCACGGUCCCAUGCCCUUUCGCUGGGCCAACGCCCUACCGAACACGCGCUACCCCAGCCCCUUUCGGGAGAUUGUCGACCUCGUGGAGGACCGGGCCAGUCAAUGGGUCCCCGGCACUAAUCGCCAGGUUGGGCUGGACAACGCCAUGAUCGCCUUGGGCAGGCGCUUCCGCAUCAUGGCCACACUGUUCAUCGGCAGGUUCAACCCCCAGGUUCACGUUGGGUGGCGUACGGGGGAGACCUUUCCGGAAUGGGUACUGAGGAACCAGUUCAUAAGCAUCUACCUUGAUGGUGUGGUUCAACUCCUGCACCAGCACGGGUACAUUGCGUGA